GAGUGCAGGGUUCGGGGGUGCGAUACGUGCAGGGUUCAGAGGAGUUUACAAAAGGACACACAGUACUGUACAAGGAUACCAAGAUGGAGAACCGGCCGCCCCUCACAUCACCGGGUAAGAGGAGACUUUUAUUUCUUGUAAAGGGGCGCACUAUGUGCAGGAUUCAGGGGUGCGCUACGUGCAGGGUUCAGGGGUGCGCUACGUGCAGGGUUCAGAGGAGUUUACAAAAGGACACACAGUACUGUACCGCCCCUCACAUCACCGAGUAAGAGGAGACUUUAAUUUCUUGUAAACGGGCGCGCUACGUGCUGGGUUCAGGGGUGCACUACUUGCAGAGUUCAGGGGAGUUUACAGACGGACACAAAGUACUGUACAAGGACACCAAAAUGGAUUACCGGCCGCCCCUCACAUCACGGGUUUGUGUUAUUCAGGAUGAAAAUGUUAUUAAAGUUGAAGUGAAGGAGGAAGCAGAAGAUCCGUAUGUGAUGGGUGAUGAGAAAAUUCCUCCAGAGACUAACAAAUCAGGAAUCCCAUCUUCGUGUGUAGAUCCUGGAAAUGUACCUGCUGCACAGGGAGGAGUCAAAGAGGAGGAAGAAGGAAAUGUGAAAAUCAAGGAGGAGGAAAUUCCUCAAGAGAUCGGCACAAACCCCGGAGACACCAGUACCACUCAGAGAGACGUCAAAGCUGAGGAGGAGGAAGAAGGAUGUGUGAGGAUUAAAAAGGAGGAAGAAGGACAUGUAAGGAUUAAGGAGGAAGAAGGACAUGUAAGGAUUAAGGAGGAAGAAGGACAUGUAAGGAUUAAGGAGGAGGAGGUUCCUAUGGAGAUCAGCGCAGAUGGACAAUACAAAAGGUGCAACACUGAUGGACAGUCUGCUAUCUCUGCAUGUGGGAAAACGGAAGAUGACGUCACGUCUGAUGCCUCUGUAGAAGGCUCGGCUACGCCAAAGGUUCCAUCAAGACGGAGGGGUUGUUCUGUAGGUGGUUCGCAUCCAGUUCCCCAUCAUAUAGCUGGCAGAGAGGAUGGAUACUUUCCAUGUUCCGAGUGUAGUAAGACCUUUAGCAAGAGAGCAGAACUUCUCAUCCACCAGAAGACUCACAUCAUAGAGAAGAGGUAUACCUGCUCAAAAUGUGGGAAAACCUUCAACGAGAAAGCAAAACUCAUGGUGCAUGAAAUCAACCACAAAAUCGAAAAGCAAAACUCAUGCUCCGAGUGCGGAAAAUGUUUCCGUGACCAAUCUGCCCUUCUGAUUCAUAAAAAGGUUCACGCAGAGAAGGUGUACUCGUGUGCGGAGUGCGGCGGGACCUUCACGAAGGAAUCCUACCUCCUUAGUCAUCAGAGGGUGCACGUCGGUAAGAAGGUCUUCUCAUGUCCUGAAUGUUGGCGGUGCUUUUCCCAGGAGUCCUACUUGCUCAAACAUCAACAGAUCCACUCCGGAGAGAAGCCAUUUUCCUGUUCGGAAUGUGGGAAAAAGUUUGCAGAGAAAGGGAAAUAUAUUGCCCAUGUAAAGUACCACCAAGGGAAAUCGUUCAAAUGUUUAGAGUGCGGGAAAGAGUUCACGCUAAAGAGGGGUCUUAUUGACCACGAGAGAAUUCACACGGGGGAACGGCCAUUCAUUUGCUCUGAGUGCGGUCGAGGUUUUGGACAGAAGGCAACUCUAAGGAUACAUUGGAAAACUCAUCCAGGCGUAAACUUUAAGCCCUACCCAUGCCCCAGCUGUGAACAGUGUUUUGACCGCAAAACCGACCUUGUUAGUCACCAAAGAUUUCACGUAGCGGAAAGGCCUUAUUCAUGUUCUGAGUGCGGGAGGUAUUUUCCUAACAAGGGAAGCUUUAUGAGACACCAGUCCAACCAGACCAACGAGGUGGCCUUCAUAUGUUCCGAAUGUGGCAAGUCUUUUCCGUGGAGGGGCUGUCUCCUGUAUCAUAAGACAAUACACAAUGACUGGAUGCCAACGCUGUAGGAGAUGUUUGGAUGCUCACUUUAUGGCCAAAGGUCGACCUCUUGACCAUUACACCUACAUCAGCUUGAUGGUCAUCCUAUUCCAAAACCAUGGAUAAUAACAUGCUGAUGUCCGAUGAGAAGGUCUGAAUUCAUCCCAAAGGUGUUCCGUAGGGUUGAGGUCAAGGAAGCUCAAGUUCCUACACCAAACCUUGUCCUUACGGAGCUGGCUCAAGGACAUACUAGAAUAAAGAAGGGCCUUCCCCAAACUGUUGCCACAAGGUUGGAAGAGCACAAUUGCCUAAAAUGUCUUUGUAUUCUGUAGCAUUGCCAGUACCCUUCACAGGAAAAACCUAAACUCGGCCAUCAAGAAAAGCAAUAGGGCUGUCAGGGUUGACAUCAAACAUGGCACAGCAUCAAAGUAUUGCAGUUAACCACUUAAGGACCGCCUAACGCCGAUAUACGUCGGCAGAAUGGCACGGCUGGGCACAGGCACGUACAUG